AUGCCCAUCUCCCGCAGACUAGGAACCGAGAUCAUCACUGUUGUAGUUGGAAUAGGUCCUGCAACAGAAUUUGGUGUUCAUAAGAGAUUGCUAUACUCUGAAUCCGAAUACUUCAAGCAGCUGCUGUUCAGCCGCCAGAAGGCAUGGAAAUCACAGAGUGUAGAACUGAAAGAGGCACACCCUGAAAUCUUUCAGAUUUAUGUGUACUGGUUGUACCGGAGGACGCUUCCCGUACGCCACACCGCGGGCCUGAUCGAAGAAACGACGAGCGAGGACAAAGGAGACGGGUACGCAUAUAGCGCAACACAGGCAGACGUCUCCGAUCCCACUGCACACGAAAUUGAGUACCUACGACUGGCCAAGGCGUACGCCCUCGGAGUCAUCGUACAGGAUACUGCAUUCAAAGAUGCCGUCAUCGACGCAAUAUUCAUGAAGGCAUACAAACCGGCACCGGGAGAGGAACUUUGGUAUCCUUCUGGGAGUGUAAUAUCUUACAUAUAUGAGCAUACGUCGAAGACUUCUGAAAUUCGUUGCUUGUUGGCUGACAUCUACGUUCGUUAUGCAGAUGCUGAAGCGCUGGAGGAUGAUGUCUGUGAUGACGCAGACUUGUAUCCCAGGGAAUUUCUUCUCGACCUUGCCAAGGCGCUCUUGAGAUGGAAGGCUGCGCGGUCCGAGUCUGAUGAUGACGAUGGUGAUGUCCCGGCAGACACGUGCAAAUACCACGGACACGCUUUCGGUCAGGAAAAUUGCUACAAAACUCGGUUUGCAAUGCCGUAUUCUGUCUGA